GUUCGGAUUCAGUUUCAGAAAGGGAGACGAUGGCAAGCAUGUUGUGGAACAACUGACCGUGAUCACUGCAAGCGGCACGGCAUGAGAGGACACUGUGGGCGUUUACGACGUGUGAAUAGAUGUGUUCUGAUGGAAGAAACCCGACGAAUCGAUGGGAUUUGAUACGUGAAGCAUGAAGGCAUCUGGAUGUCAAGUUCCAGGCAGUGGAUGCGCGCUGGCUCCAGACGACAGGAUGAACUGAGACGUUGCGCGCAAGAGGCUGCCACGGGCGAGCGUCAGGUCUGACCUCUUUGGAAACCAUUUCUGGGACAAACAACUUGAGGAUGUAUCAAUGAAGUAUGUGACUGCGUCUGACUCUCUCCAAACGGGGUGGAUGAAGCCCUCGGCGGUGUCAUGCGUCUUGCCCCGCAGCCAAGCGCGCAACCCUUGCGGCUCAUAGUUCUGUUCCUCCUCGCCACGGGGGUGAACACAUCCCCGGUGCUGGCUUCAGGCUGCCCGGACAGGUGUGUGUGUGAUGACCAGCUGGUGGUUCAGUGCGCCGGGCAGCACCUGACCACCUUCCCGGUCAACCUGCCGCUGGCCACGCGGCAGCUCAUCAUCUCCAACAACCGCAUCGUGGAGCUGCCGCCGCUCGCGCUCAACUACCUCUCCGACCUGGUGUACCUGGACUGCAGCAACAACUCCCUGACGGAGAUAUCCGAGUCCACCUUUGGGAAUCUGCGGAAGCUAGCCUACCUGGACCUCUCCUUCAACACGUUGAGCCGGAUCGAGGACAGGACGUUCGGCCCCUUGGCGAGCCUGGUGAUGCUGAGGAUGACCGACAACCCGGGACUCUCGGAGAUCCACCAGGACGCGUUUGUGGAAAACGCUGCCCUGCAGGUGCUGGAUGUGAGUCGGAACAACCUGACGGUCCUAAACAUCACCUCCCUGAUCGCGCUGCCCUCCCUGCGCUCCGUGGGGCUCAGUGGGAACCCGUGGAGCUGCGAGUGCGACAACGAGGAUCUGUGCCUGUGGGUCCACCUGGAGGGCUUCAAGUUCCAAGAUGAGGGCCAGACGGUGUGUGGCUCACCGGCAGACAUGCAGGGCCGCCGUCUGGGUGAGGUGGGCAUCCAGCUACGGACGUUAUGUCACCAGACUCUGGGCUCCUGGGACUACCUGUUCUUUGUCGUCAUCGGCUUUGUCAUCUUUGCUGCAGGCACCGUGUCGGCAUGGGUGAUGGGCGUCAUUAUGGUGCUCUAUGAGCGCUACAUCAAGAAGAAGGACGAACAGCUGGAUGUGGACGACGAGGAGGAGGCCACUGAGACGGGUCAUAGCUCCCGGGCAAGGAAUGACCAUGGCAACGGGAAUUUGAAAACGUCACACACUGUUUAAUAGAUUUAAUCCCACUCUGCCCGCCAUGGAUUCCCACAGUGCCUCCUGUCAACUUCCAGGACUGUCUGAGAGUCAUAAUGAGUCAAUUUAACAGGCUCAGCUCUGAAAGAGAAGAGAGAGGAUUCAACAGAAUUGAGGAUUUUCAUUGUUCACAUUAGCAGUGUGCUUUUAGGUGAUGUAACACACUCUGUCGCUGCCAUUGUGGAGGUCUGCAGCCCUUGCGUAUUACUGACCAUGUAUGCAAAUGUAUGACUUUGCUAUAUGUUUUAUUACCUUGUAAUAUUUGGCUGGGAUGUGGUCAUAGCGGCAAACAAUGGAGUGUUUAUCUGCCAAGCUAGUUGUCUUGUUAGCAGCUUGCUGGUCUGACUGUAACAAGACAUUUUAGGAGGGUAAUUAGCAUGAUAUGAGCACAUGCUAAUUUUGGGAACCUGUAUCAAUGGUUACAAUUACCAGCAUAACAUGCAGUGUCACAUUUUGGGAAUUUUGAAACCACUCUAAUAUAUGUCCCCUGAAUAUCAAUCUAUAGCCAGAGACCAGUCGCUUUAUAUAAAACCUGGACAUGGAAAGCAGCUUGCCUGGUUUGGUUGAAAGCAUGGAUUUAACAAUUAAAAUCUGGAGACACCUGUGGAGGCGGAGCCACAAAAGCUUGAUUUCAUAGGUACACAAUUACCCAGAUCCUCCCAUGCUGUUGGACCCACAGAGCACCACCUAACUUCCGAUUUAGCACCUGGCUAACAUAAAUGGGAACAGAACCAUUUAAUUGUGUGGCUCUUCUAGAAUUUCCAAAUGUUAUUGCACUAAAUGGCUCACAUAAUGACAGUGAAAUCUUUUCAUGAGGGUUUUCACACUCAGAAAUGUUGUCAGUGGUUUCUAGCAGCUGCUUUCGCAGUGCACGCUUAUGGGAGAAGUCUUUUUUGCCCCGGUGUGUCACGAGUGUCAUUGUAACUACAUGGGUUGGCCACCAGGAAAGUUUACUUCAAGGCCCGGUGCUCUUACUGGGGCUAGAUUGAAAAUGAGCAAAUCUGCCCACCAGCACCUCUAGAGUUGAUUUAUUAACAUGUUUAUGUUUGUUCUGUCACCUGGGAACUGUUCCAGCUAAAAACAAGACAGGAAUACAACCCCCCUAAUACAUCCGUACAUUGGCAUUUUUGCAUUUUAGUGCUUGUGCGAAUUAAAUAAACAAGAUAAUUGUUAUUUUGUGAAAUAUAGAGGUGCUGGUUGGUGGAUUUUUUUUACCUUUGGACAGAGCCAAGCUAGUUGUUGUCCUGUUUGCAGUAUUUAUGCUAAGCCAAAGGCCUGCUGGCUGUCGAUAUAUAUUCAGUUACAUGAGUGGUAUCAUUCAAAUUUUGGCAAGAAAGCGAAUAAGAUAAGGCUGUAUCUCAGAACAAACUAUUCCUUCAACCACAAUCUGGCUCCGGCGAGGGGACAGCAGUUCUCAUUAAAGACCAUCGAACAGCUUGAGCUGGGGUAAACCGCUUGUUUUUCAAAGAAAUCGCCCGUAGCUAAAACAUUUAAUGACAUUAUCUUUCGCAUCAUGCAUAAUGCCUGUUUGUUGACACACUAAUUUGAGCCUUAGCCUCUACAUCCAGAAGAACACCACUGUUACCUUUUGUUAGUCCAGUGCAGAUAUUAGCUCAAAGUCAAAAACGAAGGCUGUUUCAUCAUUAAACCAAAAAUAUUCAUGGCACGUUAUUCAGUUUGUUUGCACCUCCGGUGUUACAACUUGGAUAGAUACGCCUACUGCUCAUUAAUAUGACAAUCUGUUUUGAGACCUGAGUUUAAUAGCAUUGUUUGCACACACAAGAUUCCCCGGUGGACCUCCAUGAUGGCAACAAACACAGCAGGAUAAUGGUGACUCAGCUUCAAAGCCUCCAUGUGAUAUUUGGCGUGUGGUCAUUCUCCUCAUAGGUACUGCGUCGACAUAGUGCAUUCAUGCCAGUGUAGGUGAAUACACUGCGUGCUCGUGCAUGUACACAUCAGUGUACCAUGUAGCUGUGUGUCUGUGUGAUCGAGCUUCAGCGGACGCGAGCGUGCACGGUCCAGCGGUGUGUGUUUUUGCGCUGAUAGUUAAUUCCCCUCAUCUGUUAGCCCAGAAUCAUUCUGCAGCCGAGGUUUUUUGUGUCGACGGACUAUUUGUGAAGUUAAGGUUGUGCCAACUGCUGAGGUCCGUUUUGGCAGCGGGCCCUGCAGGGUGGCAAGUAAACAGGAGGGUGUGAUGACUGAUUUCUACAUCAUCCUCUCUUUGUUGGGUAACUGUACCUGUCUGUGUCUGCAUGCACUCCUGAUGUACCGAAAAAGCCUUAUGAGGUGCGUACAAGCUUGGUGGCGAAGGAAACAGCUGACAAAAUAUCCUCAAUAUAACGAUUUGAGAUUCUUUCUUUGUAAAAUCCAUCCUCCUAAUUUUUAGUAAGUUAGUGAAUCACACUUUUUUUUUUUUACACCUUGAAUAGAAUGAAUUUACAAUGGAUUUACUCCAGCCCUGGUGUUUAAUUAAUCCAGUUUUACAGCAAUAAGACGGCUAAUGCUAUCAGACAAGUCAGAAUCAUUUUGGCUGACUGCAGUAAACAACAACAGCUGCUUUGCAUGUGUUUUUUUCUUAACAUCCUCCACCAUGUCAGCUCAUACUUAUCAGUACAUAUAUAUAUAUGUAUACCUAUCUGGCUGUACCACUU